AGUACUCAAAGUAAAAUCACAGUGAUAAGAUGUCCACAACCAAGUAUUUUAGUGAAGAAAAAAUCUGGAGAGGUCCAGAAAAGCCUGCAUGGCUGUUCAAUGAGAAGGCCAAUCUAGGAAGGAUCCUUCUGAGUAUCCUUAAUCGUGAUCCACAUAAAGUGGCUCAAAUCAGUGAUAACAACGGAAUUCGAAUGACAAACGGCGAGAUGGUGUCGUAUGCUGAGAAAAUUGCUGGAGGAUUGAAGCAAAGAGGAUGCAAAGUAGGAGACGUUGUUGGUUUUGUGGCAGCAAAUGGACAUAUGUUGGCUCCUACAUUGAUCGCUUGUUUUCUCCUUGAAGCUCUAACGAAUGUAAUGGAUUUGACUAAGGACGAAGAUGAAAUCUACGCCAUCUUCAGAAUUACAGAACCAAAAUUUAUUUUCUGUGACGCUGAAAAAGUCAAUCUUGUGGAGAAAGUUGCUGGAAGGAUGCAGAAUUCUCCUACAAUAAUUGUUUUUGGUAGAAAUACAGUUGAGAACUACAUCAGUAUUGAAGAUCUAAUGCAGGAAGGUGAUGAUGAGGGGUUAAGAAGGAAUAUUUUAUUGGAGGCCUGUCGUCCAAUUAAAAUGGACUACAACAUAAUUUGCUGCUCUUCUGGAACAACAGGUCCUCAGAAGGCCGUCUGCAUUUCUUACCAGUCACGACUUACAGAAUACUGCCAUCAGAAUGUUGUCUCAUCACCAACAGAUUCCAUAUUCAGCUUUAGUCCUAUGUCUUGGACAAUAGGCUAUAUUGUCUUUUUUAGAAGUAUCUUCCAUGGACUAACACGUAUAAUUACAACUGAGGAAUUUAGUCCAGAACUCUUCCUUCGCAUUAUUUGCAAAUACAAAGUAACAAACAUAACAAUCAACCCAAUUUUACUGCAGUUUAUUUUUGAAUCUCCCAAAUUUACAACCUCAAGUUUUUCUUCACUGAAGGAAAUCUGGUGUGGUGGAUUUUUAGUAACAGAACAUCUAAUUGAGAAGCUCAAGUCCUUCUUGUCGCAAAUUAAUUUUGUAAUUGGAUAUGGAAGUACAGAAACAGGAGCAAUAACAGCCUACAAGUAUGACCCAAAAGGAAAAAUUAAUGUUGGAAACUUAUUACCUGGAAUUGAAGGAAUUGUUAUUAAUGAAGAAGGACAGAGAUUGGGGCCUGAUGAAAUAGGACAAGUUUGCUUCAGAAUUCCUUUUCCAAUGGAAUAUUUGAAAAAUCAAGAGGCAACUGCCAAAUUCAUCGAUUCAAAUGGAUUUGCUCAUACAGGAGAUUUAGGAUUCUUCGAUAAAGAUGGUUUCCUCUCCAUAACAGGACGAUGUAAAGACGUCAUCAAGUACUUCUUAUUUCAUGUAUCAGGAUCUGAAAUUGAGAGGGUCGUCAAGACUCAUCCUAGUGUGUCUCAUGUAGUUGCUGUUGGGAUACCUGAUCAAAAAUAUUCCCAUCUUCCUGCUGUUUUAGUUGUCCUAAAAAACGGAUCAUCUGUUACAGCCGAAGAGAUAUCAGAUCUCGUUGCGGAGAAGCUUCCAGAUUCGCAUAAACUUCGCGGAGGAGUUUACUUUGUUGAUAAAAUACCUUUAACAUCAACGGGGAAAGUAAAGAAAUUUGAAGCUGAGAAAUAUGCUGAAAAUAUAUUUAGGCUUCAUAAGAUAGUGGAUUAAUAUUUAUUAGCUAGCAAGAGAAGAUCCAUUUUUCUGCUACGUACUUGUAAUUUUUAGCAUGAUAAUUAAGAUUAUAGCACAAUGAACCUUACCAAGAAAAUUGAAUUAAUAAAGAGGAAAAAAACUGAAAAGAAAGCUUUUAUCUCACUUUUAUAAAUUAUGAUUUUACGAAAUGAGCUAAGAAUACAAUUCACAAGUCGUGCAAAAAAGCUUUGUAAAUAUUAUAACAAGAUUAAUAAAAUGGUUUAUUAGCCGUUUGUAAACUGAUGCUAAGGAUAACAUCAUAAUAUAAGAAUAAAACCACCUUGAUUUCUGUCUAGAUAAUAAAA